AAAAAACAAAUCACUAUUGUGAGCUUCGAGUUCCUCGGCGAGCUCAGCCUAAAACAUAAAGCUUUUGUUGCUUUCUGCUUAAUGGAAGGGUCUUAAGCUCUCUCUCUCUCUCUCUCUGCUCUGCUUUCUUGCUUUGUUUGCAUUUUCUUUGAGAUUUCAGUAAAGGGUUCGUCGGACUUCUCUUCUUUGUCUGAUCAACACAAGUUCCUCCCCAGUGUAGUUUCCAUUUAAAGCAGUGUAGUUUCUAAUGUCUCCACCACUGUUGGGUGGUGAGGAGGAAGGACAGAGCAAUGGAUCUAUGGUAGCUUCUUCACGCUCUAUGGACUGUAUCUCCCAUAAUGGGUCUGGACUGAAAGAACGCAACUACCUUGGGUUGUCAGAUUGUUCUUCGGUUGACAGCUCCACGGUUUCGAGCUUGUCAGAAGAAAAGAAGAACAAGCUGAAUUUUAAGGCCACUGAGUUGAGGCUUGGUCUUCCUGGAUCCCAAUCACCAGAACGGGAACCAGAUCUUUGCUUGCUGAGCCCAGGAAAACUUGACGAGAAGCCACUGUUUCCUUUGCUUCCGUCAAAAGAUGGAAUCUGCUCCUCAUCACAGAAGAAUGUUGUUUCAGGCAACAAAAGGGGCUUUGCUGACACCAUGGAUGGAUUCUCAGAGGUGAAAAGUUCUGUUUAUACUGAAGGAAAUUGGAUGUUUCAUGCAGCUGGUUCUGAUUCUGAAUCUCCAGAAUCUUUCUAUGUUUUCUUUUUUGGGCUUUAG